UUCCUUCCAAUCCCAUAUCUUUAAAACUUUUUUUUCACAUUUCCAAUAAUUUUCAGGUUCUCUGUUUCCUUUUUCACACUCUCGAUUCACACCCCCCAACACACCUCGUAAUAUCUUUAAUUUGUCUUAUAUAUCUAGCAAUCAAAUCAAAUGGAAAUAAGUUCAAUUCCAUUUCUAAACCAAGAAGAAUUCUCAUACUUCUACAGUUUCUUUCAAGAUUUUGACAACAACAACAACAACAACCACCUCCUAAUUGACAACAACAUGAACACCAACAACAAACGUCGAAAACUCGAAGAGGAAAACAACCCGCUUCAAGAAAUUCUUGAUACCAUUUCUUUUGUAGGCGAUGAAUACUCACCCACCAACAUCAAUACUACUAAUAAUAAUAAUAAUCUGUUUGACUUUGAAUUUCAAAUACCAUCUUCAAGUUUUGCAUCCGAAAUGACGGAUUUUGAUAGAACAAGGAAGACCCCGCCUCCGAAAUUCGACGCGGUUGAGGAUGCGAGCUCUAGUCAUGGAGGGGCAGGGGGGCAAAGGAGGUUAUGGGUCAAGGAAAGGUCCAAAGGAUGGUGGGAGUAUUACAAUAGUGAUGAAUGCCCUGAUGAUGAGUUCAAAAAGGCUUUUCGAAUGAGUAAAUCCACUUUCAAUAUGAUUUGUGACGAAUUGGAUUCGGCGGUUACUAAAAAGGACACGAUGCUUCGUCAGGCCAUCCCGGUUCGUCAGCGGGUCGCCGUUUGCUUGUACCGUUUAGCAACCGGCGACCCGCUGAGAGCCGUGUCAGGCAAAUUCGGGCUAGGCAUUUCCACUUGUCAUAAGCUGGUUCUAGAAGUUUGCGCCGCCAUUAAGACCGUCUUAAUGCCUAAAUACCUCCAAUGGCCCAACAAGGAACGUCUCGGCCAAAUCAAAUCUGAAUACGGGUCAAUUUCGGGCAUACCAAAUGUAUCUGGGUCAAUGUACACUACACACGUCUCCAUAAUUGCCCCAAAAGUCAGCCCGGCUGCUUACUAUAACAAGAAACACACUGAACGCAACCAGAAACCAUCAUAUUCCACCACCGUCCAAGGUGUGGUCGACCCGCGAGGCGUUUUCACCGAUAUCAGCAUCGGGCACCCCGGGUCGUUGUCUGACGACAAAAUCUUGGAAAGAUCGGCUCUUUCGCAAAGAUUCAACAAGGGUUACACCAAAGAUACAUUGGUAGUGGGUAACUCGGGUUACCCACUACUCGACUGGCUUUUGGUGCCGUAUUCGCACCAAAACCUUACAUGGAGUCAGCAUUCAUAUAAUGAGAAACUCUGUGAUGUGCAAAACAUAGCAAAAGAUGCUUUUAUGAGGUUAAAAGGGAGAUGGGUAUGUUUACAGAAAAGGACAGAAGUCAAGCUUCAAGAUUUGCCGGUUGUUUUGGGGGCAUGUUGUGUUUUGCACAACAUUUGUGAGAUGAACAAUGAGACAAUGGAUGACAGUUUAAAGUUUGAUUUGUUUGAUGAUGAGAUUCCAUUAGAAAAUGGUGGCAAAUCAGUAAAGGCGGCCCAACUUAGAGAUAGUAUAGCACAUCAUUUGUUGCAUCAUAGUCAUUGAUAGAUUGUGGUUUUUAGAUGAUUAAUCCUGCAUAUGGAUAUGAUUGUCUACUUUUUUUCCUCUACGGAUUUUAUUUGGUGGUUGUUACUAAAAACAAUAAAUAGUAUAGCACAUACAUAAUUAUAUGUUG